AUUUAGCAAAGCAUCUCUUCUCGGUAAGCGUUGUUGCUAAGCGAGGAUAUUCGGUUGAGCUUCAACAGAGUGGCUGUGUCAUUCUUGACAAAUGUGGAACUAUUUUGGGAUCUGGUAAAAUGCAAAACAACCUAUGUCCUUGAUAUCAGUGAAAAGAAAGUGGACUGUCAUGAUCUUAAUGCUGCUACCAAUGAGCAUCUGGAGGAUUUAUGGCAUCAGAGAUAUGGACAUUUGAGUGUAAAGAAUUUACAAUUGUUGCGAGAUCAGAAAUUAGUGACUGGAUUGGACUUCCGAUCUACUAAAGAAUCUGACUUUUGUGAGGGUUGUGCACAAGGUAAACAAAAGAGAGCACCAUUUCCUAAAGAACAAGCAACUCGAGCCAGUGAAAUUCUCGGAAUUAUUCACAGUGAUGUUUGUGGACCAAUGCAAGAGGACAGUCUCGGUGGUAAUAAAUAGUUUUGUGACUUUUAUUGAUGAUAAAUCGAGAUUCACAGCAGUUUAUUUCAUGAAAACCAAGGAUCAAGUGCUUGAUAAAUUUAAAGAAUACGAAGCAAUGGUCACUAAUAUCACAGGAAAGAAAAUCAAGAGUCUUCGAUCCGAUAUUGGCGGUGAGCGCACCUCUAAAGAAUUUGUUAAUUACCUUAAAGAGAAGAGAAUCCAGCACCAACUUAGUCUACCUAGAACUCCCCAGCAGAAUGGAGUGGGAUGAAUAGAACUAUUCAGGAAACUGCACGAUCUAUAAUACAUGCUGGACUGGAUACGAAAUUUUGGGCUGAAGCAGUAUGCACAGCAGUUGUUAGAAAUCGUUGUCCUACAGUAGCAGUGGACAAUAUGACCCCAUAGGAAUGCUUUAAUGGUAAGAAACCGGACGUGUCCAAUUUUAAAGUGUUUGGAUGCAAAGCAUACGUGCAUGUUCCUAAAGAAACCAGAAAGAAAUGGGAUUCGAAGACCAAGAAAUGUAUAUUUGUUGGAUAUAGUAUUUCAAGUAAGACUCAGAAAUUACACAGUACAUAUCCAGGGAUGUUUGAUUUGAUGAAGAUGAAUUUAUUCAACAGAAGAAAUUUAUGCAAACUGUAAACUUGAAUGAUUCCCUCCCUGAAGACCAAGAAGAACCACAAGAGAACAAACCAUCUUCCGAGCAUGUUAUUCCAGGAGAUCAAGACACAGUUGAUCAUGACGAAGGUACUGAAGAACCGAGCACCAGUAGAGAAACCGAAGUGGAGCAGCCUACCACGACGUCCAACGCGCAAACGAGAACCACCAGAUAGACAUGGUGUAGUAAUUACUGGCAAUUGGUGGCAAAAUAAUGUUGCAUGUAUUAAUAGUGAGUCCAGUCCAGAAGAGCCUACAACUAUAAGGGAAGCUCUAAAUUGUUCAGAUAAAGAACAAUAGAAACAAGCUCUGGACAAUGAAUAUUCAGCUCAUGUUAAGAACAAUACAUGGACAUUAUGGAAUCUGCCUGAGGGUCUUAAAGCUAUUGAUUGUCGAUGGGUAUUUAAAGUUAAAUACAACGCGGAUGGGUCUGUAAAGCGCCACAAAGCUCGUUUAGUUGCGAAAGGAUACUCACAAGAACCAGGAUUAGAUUAUGAUGAAACCUUUUCUCCUGUAGCGAAGUAUACAUCUAUUCGUUCACUAUUGGCAAUUGCUAACCAGUUAGAUUUAGAAGUACAUCAAAUGGACGUUUCUACGGCGUUCUUGAACGGUGAAUUGGAAGAAGAAAUAUACAUGAAGCAACCAGAAGGAUACGUGAAAGAAGGUGAGGAAGAGUUAGUCUGCAAAUUAAACAAGAGUAUCUACGGCUUGAAGCAGUCAUCAAGGUGUUGGUACAACACGAUCGAUCAAUUCUUAAAGAAUUCCGGCUAUGUACAAUCAAGCUCGGACCCUUGUCUGUACAUAAAGCGAGAGGGAGAUGAUAUCAUGCUUAUAGCCUUGUACGUCGAUGACUUGAUACCAGCUAGUAAUAGUAAGAGAAUGCUUCAUAAAGAGAAAGAAGUAUUGAGAAAGCGUUUGGAAAUGAAAGAUCUCGGUGAAGUUCAUUAUUGCCUUGGUAUUCAAGUAGAACGAUAUAGAAACAAGAAACGAAUGAGAUUACAUCGAUCACAGUGUCUCACGAACUUGUUAAAGAAGUUUGGAAAGGAGGAAUGCAAACCAGCUGCAACGCCUGUUGAUCAAGGCACUAAAUUACUACCUAACGAAGCAGAACCAGUUGAGAAAACCAAGUAUCAAGCCUUAAUCGGGGGAUUAACUUAUGCGAUAACUGGUACUAGACCUGACCUCGCUCAAGCGUUAGGAUUGGUUAAUCAAUUUUGUUCAAACCCAGGAGUUGAAAACUGGACAGCAGCUAAACGUAUUUUACGAUACAUCAAAGGAACAAUUGAUUACGGAGUUACAUUCGAUGGAAACAAAGAAACUGAAGUACAGUUGAAUGGUUAUGUUGAUGCUGAUUGGGGAAGUAAUCCAAACGGACGGAAAUCGCAAUGA